GCCCCCUGGCCCGGGCAGUCUAAAUCCUCCCGCACUCCGGCGGGCUGUGCACUCUUUCCUGCUGGUCCGCAGCGCCUGCCCCGCCGCUCCGCACUCCCAAGGGCUCCCGUCCUCUGCUGUAGGCGGAAAAUGCUGUUGCUUGAUUGCAACGCGGAGGUGGAUAGUCUGAAGCAUCUGCUGGAGGCCGGCGCCUCGGUCAACGCACCCCCGGAUCCCUGCGAGCAGUCGCUUGUCCAUUUGGCCGCAGGGGGCGGCCUUGCUUGCUUGCUUCUGUGGCAGCUGCAAACUGGCGCUGACCUCAACCAGCAGGAUGUUUUUGGAGAGGCUCCACUACACAAGGCAGCAAAAGUUGGAAGUCUGGAAUGCCUUAGCCUGCUUGUAGCCAGGGAUGCCCAAAUAGAUUUAUGUAAUAAGAAUGGACAAACAGCUGAAGAUCUUGCUUGGGCCUGUGGAUUUCUAGAAUGUGCCAAGUUUCUUACAACAAUUAAAUGUAUGCAGACAAUAAAAUCGAGUGACCGAUCCGAUAGAGAUCAUUGUGUUCCAGUGCCCAGACAGAAACGAAGUUUUGGAAGUGUAGAAAAUACAACUGGAAAAAGGAAGUGUUGAUUCACGUUGGUCCUGGAAAGGUUUGAAGAAAGCCUUCACUCCGUGCAGAUCCACUGCCCAGCCAGAAGCUAUGGGUUUUGGCUCACCAGGUGUACCUCAACUCCUUCUAGGAAGGAGGAAAACUUUCUUCUAAGUGAAGAUAACAUUUAAGAAUACAUGUUUUUACAUGCCUGUAAUAUUUUGGUUGUGCCUGCUUUUGUCUUUUAAGUUAUUAAAGAAUACUAAAGAAUACACUGUUUUCUUUGUGUAGUA